AAAUGUGAAAUUAUUUCUGUGUGGGUCAGGUCGCACUGCAAGUUUCUUUAAUUUUCAGUAUUGGCAUAGACGUUAAGAAAGAAAGUACAAAGUAAAUAACAACUAUCUCAGCGAUGGAAAAAGAAUCUGAAGCAAAUAAUAGUACCCCCGAUUUUCUGACAAAACAAUUGGAAACCCCUGUACUUAAUAUUUCUGGAACAAAAAAAACAAAAACGAUCGGCAUAAGGGGAAAAAAAGCUCAGCUACCGCCUGUAACUCCCAUAAUUCCCGAGCCGCCAAAAAUUAACACCACAUCAUUUCCAGUGAUUGUUGGACGGAUCCUGCUUAAAAGCAAUGAUACACCAAAAGCUUUUCCAAAAGAUAAUCCAUCGGAUUUUCAACAAAUGCUCUGUGUUUUGUGCUUGGAGAAACCGGAUUUGAGAAAACGAGUAUAUCACAUGUUUGUCUCAAACGAAAAGGAGUGUGAGGAUGACUUUACGAAAAUUCGAAAAAUUUACGAAAACAGAAAGGACAUUAAGAUAGUGGACAAGAUAACUAUAAAUGCUCUUUGUGCACGAUCCUUCUAUCAUAGAGUACAAAAUCAACUAACCGAUGUGAAGUGGAACAAGCAGCGAUAUAUUUUUGAGACUGCAAAAGUUAAAGACAGCGAUAUUUGGAUAAUUUCACAUAAAUUAUAUGAAAUACAAAAAGGGGAAAUCGAACAACUAUUCAAUUAUAUGAAAUUUUUGAGCGUCACAGAUAGCUAAAUAAGUUGUAUUACAUUUCUUUUUUAUUGUAUUAUUAAAAGUCAAUAAAAUUAUAUCUGAAGAAAA